CAAAAUGCCGCCUCCAAUAUGCAUGCUUUCCAUUUCUAUGUUCUUAAACAUAAAGAAAUUGGAAGCUGCUUCUUUAAGUUGGAUGCACUUAUUUUACAAGAAUCUCCUCCCUCUCUCCCUAUAACCUUCCCCGUCUCUAUUUUCCAACUUUCUUCUCUGUUGAAUCUGGAUAAGUUUUGGUCUUUAUAGCUGCUUAGAAGCUGGUUAAAGAGGACAAAGAUGGUAAAUAGAUAUUAUUCGUAAAUGAUAUCUGCCAGAAGCAUCUCUCAUUGGUUCAAUCUCCACUCUUGGAGGCUUAGCUAAAUUUUUACAAGAUUUGAGAUGACACAUAGCAGCAAAUUAGAGAAUGUUAACUCUUUAAUUUGUUAUCGUCGUUCGUUUAAUCUGUGAAGUUCCUUGAUUACAGUCUCAAUUACCAGGCUCGGGUGGUGAUGAUUCUCUCUAUGGGAUUCUCUCUAAACAUCUAAAAUCAAGAACCUCUGAAUUUUCUGCAUCUGAGAGCUCCACAACUUAUGGUGACAAUUUUGCUGAUAGAAUGACAAAGUGCCCACAAGAGUUAGAGAUGUAUGAUUCAGCCAGUACAUCAAAUAGAUAUAAUCCUCUGAAGAAGUAUGAUUUGGUUGAUGAGAAUUUUAAAUCAAGAGAUACCUUGCAAUCAUUGGUGCAAUCUUCUUUUGCUUGUAGACACAAACCUGAAUGUUGCCAAAUGGCCUUCAUGUCUUCGAGAAAACAUUUGCUUCAGAACAAGUCAGCCACAAAAAUCUCAUGGAGAGACAAUCAAGUGGGCAAGGAUUCAUUCAGCUCUCAACUUAUAAAACCAUGUUUCGAGUGCCAAGUAGAGAAGAAACCUCAUCAAUCUCCUACUAACGAAAGUAUCUGCGUUUCAUCGAGCAAUGUCACUCUAGAAACAUCAAAAAAGAGGCGGAUUACGUGGACCGAUGAUCUUCAUAAGCAAUUUUCUGAAUGUGUAUAUCAACUUGGAGGAGCCAAAAAGGCAACACCAAAGGCAAUUCUUAAGCUAAUGAAUUGUGAUGGACUGACCAUUUCAAAUAUUAAAAGUCACUUGCAGAAAUAUCGUGUUACCUGCGAUGUAACGAUAUCCCCAAAAGAUGCAGAUAAAAAUGAAGGAUCACAUCGUACAAGUUCACUGCCAGCGCAUGCUCCAACAACGUAUCCGCAAAUAUGGGAGGCUUUGAAGCUGCAAAUAAGUGUCCAGCAGACCCUACAGGAACAACUCGAGAUUCAAAGAAGCUUACAAUUGCGGAUUGAAGAACAAGCAAAGCAGCUCAGGGAAAUGUUAAAUCGCCAAGCAGAAAGUAAAAAGAAUCCCCAACAUAGCACUUAAAUUGUCUUUCAUCUAAGUUUGCCACAAAAAAAGAAAAAAAAAAGAACUUAUCAUUGACCAAAAUUAAGCAACUUCAUCUUGGGCAUGCCCGUCCUCAAGCAUAUCGCUUAGAAUUCGGGCAAGAAAAUAUUCAUUAUAGUAUAAAUUUACUUAUUCUAGAAGCCUAAGGUUUUAGAAAAAGAGUCAUUUUUCUUUACCAUGGUGUUCUUUUUAAUUCAAACAAAAUUGUAAAAUGCUCUUUUAGAAGUAGUCCUCGAGUACUGUGUCUGGUGUUGACUAGAUUCUAGACCAAUGAACAAUUAAAUUAAUAUCGUUGCAAGUA